CACCAUGCACCUCCGCCUCUGCAAGUGGGCGUGGCUGCCCCUGAUCGCACUGCUAAUGGUCCGCCAGACCGUCGAGGGUGGGCGGAGCAGCCACCUCGAGCUGGGCCGGGCCGACAAUCCGCUAAUGAGGCUGCCCUUCUUCGGAGGCGGGGUGGGGCACCUGCUUCGGUACCUGCACCCGCUAGCGGUGGCACCGGGCACGCCCCCCCGCGGCCGCCUCUCGGAGCUGCGCAGCGAGCUGGACGCCAACUAUGUGAGCUACCGGGGCGCCCAGCUCUGGAAGCUGAACUUUAACUCUUCGCGCGCCUCGUCCAUGGUGGAGGAUCCGGAGGAGGAUCAGGAGGAGGAGCUGGCAGAGCAGGCGCCAUCUUCCUCGCCAGAUGAGCAGUUCAACGAGGUGGUGGCCCUCUUCGUGCUGCUGCUGGCGCUGCUUAUCCCCAACUGGACUGGGGGCCAGGUGCUGCUCUGGCGGAGCGUCUCCGUGCCGGAGCUGAGCGGCCUCUCGGGCCUGCCCCUCGCCCUGCUGACCCUCAACAGCAGCGAGCUCUAUGCCGCCACCUUCGAGGGGCUGCAGUGGCUCUCGCCCACGGACCUGCGCCGCUACGACAUCUUCUCGCCGGGCUCCUCCUUCCAGAUCAAUAGGCGCUAUCGCAACGGCAGCCACGUCCAGCGCUACUACGGCCACCAGCUGUGGAAGGUGCACGAGACGCGGCUGGCCCUGCCGGCGCUGAGGGCCUUCUGGAGGCACUUUGGCAGCGAGGUGUGGAACAUCAACCAGGACGGGAUCGACAUCCUCAUCGAGCAGCGCAACGUGGCGGACGCCAAGAAGUACAUGGAGAAGGUGGGCUUCAGCUACAACAUCAUGAUCGACGACAUAGAGGCGGCCAUCGACGAGACCUACGUGGAGGUGCCGGCGGUGGAGCACCCCCUGGACUCGGUGCGCAACAACUCCCUGCCCUGGCUGGAGCCGGAGGGCACGCUGAUGAACUGGCGGCGCUACCACGACCAGGCCGACAUCCAGCAGUUCCUCCAGCUGCUCCUCGAGAAGAACUCUGACCUGGUGGAGAUCAUCCAGAUAGGGGUGACGCGGAACAAGCGUCCCCUAGAGGUCAUAAGAGUUUCCAACGGCAACCCGGACAACUUGGCCGUUUUCGUGGACGCGGGACUGCAGGCCAGGGACUGGCUGAGCCCCGCCGCCCUGACCUACGCCAUUUCCAAGCUGGCCCAUCUCUGGCCCAAGGCCAAGGGUCAAGGUCAAGGACAGCGAGAGGGCCGGGCCGAGAAGGCCAUGCGCCGCAUCGACUGGUACUUCCUGCCGCUGGCCAACCCCGAUGGCUACCAAUACUCCCGCCACACCGACAGGCUGUGGACCAAGAACCGGGCCUACGACUCCGCCAGCGGCUGCUAUGGCGUCAACCUGGACCGCAACUUCGGCUAUGCCUGGCGCGAGGGCUCCACCAGCAAUCCCUGCAAGAAUCUCUACCGCGGCGCCCAGAGCUUCUCCGAGCCGGAGAGCCGCGCCAUCCGCAGCUUCCUGGCCGGGAUGCGCGAGUACCUGGGCGCCUACGUCUCCCUCAGUGGCUACGGCCAGUCGAUCACCUAUCCCUGGGGGGACGCCGACUUCGUGACGGAGAACCAGCGGGAGCUGAAGCAGACAGCCCGACGAGCGGUCCUCGCCCUGCGGCGCCUCGACCAGGCCGAGUACUCUGCCGGCACCAGCUACCGCCAGAAGCUGGCUCGGCCCGGCAACUCGGCCGACUGGAUCCAGGACCAGAUCGGACCCCAGCUGGUGUUCAACAUGUUCCUCAAGGACCAGGGUCGCUACGGCUACCUGAUGCCGCCCCACUACAUUGUGGAGUCGGGCGAGGAGGUCUUUGAGUUUCUGCGCGUCAUAGCCCAGCAGUUGGAGUGA